GCCAACAGAGCAGCCGGCGGCUACAACUGUGGAACUCUAUAAUAUCAGAUAAUCAGUGAGAUCAAAUGGCGUCGGAUCUUGAGAUGAUGAAAAGGCUUCUGGAGAUGAUGCGGGAAAACGAAGCUCGGGCUCAGGCCGGCAGAUCAGCCGGAGGCUACAACAGUGGAACCCAAGGCUCAUUCAAUAACAGCGGAUCAGGCGCUCAAAAUUUCAGAGACGUCAACUACAACAGCGGCUCUCAUUCCGGCAACCGUUACAAUUCUCCUUACUACCACAACGCCGCCGGCGGCAACUUUGUUCACAACAGUGGCACUACAUACGGCGACGGCAACGGAAGCAUUGUGAACAAUGGACGCUAAUUAACUCAUAAUGGUGAUCUACCUAUCUAUCUGUAUUAUUAAGGAUAAUGCUAGCUGCUGGCUAGUAUUAGCCCUUUAAUUGCUAUGGUUUGAUCCUUAAUUAUUAGAUAUGGUGUGUGCGCGGUAUGUAAUUAGGAGGCUAUUCAUCAUGAUGAUCCUCCUCUAAAUAAAACUAUCGUUUCAGUUAAGUUUUCAA